ACCCCCUCUUCUCCUCGCUCAAACUCAUACUCACCCAAAUUUCAUUCUCCUCUCCCCACCUCAUUUUUUUUCUUCAAAAAUGAGAACCAUGAUAGACUUGGGAAGCCAAAGAGGCCCCAUAGUCCUCCACAUAAUGGACACCGCCACCUCCGUCGACUGCGGCCGCGACGUCCGUCUCCGUCGAACCUUCCGCUCACUCAUCGAAUGCAUGGUCCCCGCAUGCUGCGCCUUCCAACCCCCCUCACCAGACUACUCCUCCUCCUCACCAACCUCACUCUCCUCCUCCUCCAGCGUCGACUCCUUCUCCGACUCCUCAUCUCUCAGCACCUCAACUACUAGCACUCACGCAUCCACAAUAACCGGCACUUUCUUCGGAUUCCGAAGAGGCCGCGUAAGCUUCUGCAUCCAGGAAGACGCGAAAAGCUCGCCGCUUGUUCUGCUAGACCUGGGAAUCGCGACUUCUUAUCUGGCCAGAGAAAUGCAAUACGGAUUGCUCCGAAUCGCACUCGUCGAAUGCGAAUCCAGGCAUGAUGUCAAUGCGAAACAAGAGAAUGGAUCACUUUUUAGCGUGCCUCUGUGGUCCGUGUUUUUUAAUGGGAGAAAAAUCGGGUUUGCUAGCCGGAGGGUUGCGACGGAAAGUGACGUCAGAGUUUUGAAGCUCAUGCAAUCGGUCUCUGCCGGCGCCGGAGUUCUGCCGGCGGUGUCGACGAAAGGUGGGUCCCUGGAUGAUAAGGUUUGUGAUGAGAGAAUGUAUUUGAGGGCAAAGUUUGAGCGAGUUAGCGGGUCCGUGGACUCGGAGUCUUUUCAUAUGAUUAACCCGGAUGGGAGUGGCUCGGGUCAGGAGCUCAGUAUCUUUCUUCUUAGAUCAUAGAUACACUUUUUUGUUUUAAUUUAAUCUUAGGAUGCUUCAUGUGUAAAGAUAUAAAACUGUAUGUAACAUAUAUAUAUAGACGUACCUAAAAAUGUGAUUUCGCAAAUCACAUGUAUAUAUGAAGCUAAAUUCUUAUAUGGUACUCCCUCUGUCCCAUUUUAA